ACUGGAGUUCAAAGCCCUGGACAUUGCACAGGGGCAGGAAAGCUCUCAGCAUCUCCCCUUGGCACCAAGGAUGGUUUUUCAGGGACAGGGAUUUCCUUGCCUUUGAAAGCCGCCUGUGGAGAUGUGAAGUCAACACGUACCCAGGGGCACCCCCAGGCAUUUUCUUUCCGGAGAGGAGAAGGCGAGAGCAGCAGCAGAGCCAGCUUGGCUCAGCAACCCACCCCAGGCUUGCUCCAGGGCACAGAUCUGCAGAAACCCAGCAAGGAGGUGUCACCUCCAGACCCCUCCUCUGUCCCCAUGGCCAGGGAGCCUCGCAUCCCCCCCGCCCUGCAGCGUUCCCGGCUGAAGGCUGAGGAGAAGACCCUGGAUUUUGACUUUGAGCUGGUCAGUGCCCAGUUUAACCAGCACGGCCAGUACGCCCUGCGGCUCACCGUGGAGAACCCGCUGCUGCAGGGCUCCGGUGCUGGCAUCCAGCUCCGCAUCGGCAGUGGGGAGGUUGUCCAGAGCAGCACCGGCACCACUGACAUCAUCGAGCAGAGCGACCUCGACCAGAUCUACUCCUUCCAGAGGAGGAGAUUCAUCUUCACCCUGCCUAGAGGUUUCUGCAAGAACGACAAGAACCAUGACGUUCGGCUGCACAUCGAGGCCCUGCGCUCCCCUGGGAGGGCAGAGACAACAAGGAGGAGGAAGAGCAGGCUGGUGGGUGAAGCCUUCUUCGCCAUCUACCCUCGGCCCAACCAGCCCCGGCUGAAGCUCUCGGCCAGAAGGGACGAGGACUGGUACCGCUACAGCACAGUGCUGGCCUUGCUGCGGGUGGGCAGCCAGCAGCCAGCCAUGCACUGCGGCCGCCUGGCCGUCACCGUGUCCCUGCGGGAGCACCGGCCACCUGCCACACAGCCAUCACCCACACCGGUGUCCACCGGCGCCCAGGACUGGGACCAGCAAGCAGCAGCAUCCUCACCCCAGGACGUUCCUGUCCCCAGCCACUUGUGCCGUACGCCCGAGUCUGCUUAUCACUCACUGCCCACCGAGAGCCGUGCCCGCUCCAUUGAGAGACUGCAGGCUGACCCUGUGCUCAGCUCCUCCCCGGAGCUACUGGGUGACUUGGCAGCCGAGCACGAGCAUCCUUCCUCCUCCUCCUCCUCGCUGCCUGUCCCUGCUACCACCAGCCACAACAGCUUCCACCUCUUCUCGCCAAGCCGAACCCCGGAUCUGUCACCCUCACCAGCACAGGUCUCUGAGUCCCCCACUGGGAUGGACGAGCCCAGGCACACCCUGGGGGUUGGCGGGGGACACAUGGCCUGUGCGGGGAAGGAAGCCAUUACUGUCACCCUCCACAGUGCCACCAAUCUGCCAGCCACACGGGAGGGCCAGGUGCCGUGGCCAUACGUUGUCAUUAAGACCAGCGGAGGGGACGAGAAGGCGGAGGUGACUCGUGUGUCCUCAGUGCCCACCCACACACCCUCCUGGGAGGAGGAGGUGACAGUGGAAAUAGAUGCUGAAGAUGCGGGCUGGGCAGCCCUGAACCUCACAGUAGCAGACAAAGCCACCAAGGAGGUGUUGAGGACCUUCCAGCUGCCAGUGCAACACCUCCAGCCCUUCCAGCCCCACCGCUGCAGGCUGGUGCUGCCGAGGAAGCAGGACCCUGUAGGGACUGUUCUGCACGUCACUGUCACCCGCAAAGGGAGCUGCAUCCCUCGCUACCAGGGACUGAGCUACGUGGCCUUGGAGGUGCUGCUGCGGGGGCUGUCAGCCCCCCUGGCCACCCGCCAUGAGGCCCUUGUCGCAGUGGCCAGAGUUGUGACCAAUGUUCAGGAGUACAAGUACCGCAUGGAGAAACGUCCCAUGGCCUGUCCUGACAUCACCCCCACCACCGUCACCUUCCCAGACCCUCCAGCAUCAGCCUUCAGCAUCUCCCACUCUGUCAACCAUGGCUGCCCACAGAUGUCCCGACCAGCCGGACCCUCAGAGCAGUUGACCUGGGACGCAACCUUCCUAUUCCAAGGCCGGGAUGGAGCCACCAUCUUCUCUGAAGACACCGCUUUGACCAUUGAAUAUUAUCCGUACAAAGCCAUAUGGGAUGCUCCAGGCACCCUGGUUCCUGUGGGAUACUCGGUGCUGCCCCUCACCAGCCGCAUUUUCCGGGAGCUGACGGUGCAGAGUGGUGGGAUGUGCCUGGAUGGCCUCACCAUACAGGGCACAGACCUCAAAACCACGAGUGGGUCCAUCCCAACCGUGAGGCUCUGCCUGCGGCUCCUUCACUCAGAGAGACCGGGGAUGUUCCUGACCCCAUCAGCCAGCGAUGCUCUCCCCAAAUUGGACCCCGCCACUUUCACACUCGGGAGGGAUGAAAAGCCACGGGCAGCCCCCAUGUGCCCAUUUUAUCACCAGCUCCACCAAGACGCCGUGUCCCUCCCAGCGGCUGAUGCCGUGGCCAGCAUCUUGCCUGGAAAACAACUGUUCCCACGUGGGACAGGAAUGUCACCAGAAAAGCUGAGGUCGCAGGAGGUCACCGGGGACAAGCAGAAGAUGGUGACCGCUGGCGACACUGGAGGAGAGUGGGACGUUAGGAACAGUGAAGGGGACCAAAGCCAGGCUGAAAUCAACUCUACACUGCCAGGGGUGGGCAGGUACCAGCUGGCGCUGAGGCGGAUGGCGGGGGACCUCCUGUCCCUGCGCCAGCGCGUCACCAGCCUGGAGGUGGAGAAUGGGCAGCUGCGGCACAGCCUGGCCUGGCAGGAGGAGCUGGGCCAGGAGCUGCUCAGCGAUGUGGACCUGGACGUCAUGACCCGGGAGGAGCUGCUGGACAGGCUUGCCACCCUCAAGCGUAAGCUGGUGGCCAGCACAGCAGAGAUGAGGAGGCUGAAGGACCGUGUCCAGCAGCUGCAGAAUGAGCUGAUCCAGAAAAACGACCGGGAGCAGGAGCUGGUGCUGCUGCAGCAAGCCCACCGGCAGCAGCGAGCCCGGCUGAGGAGCUGUCAGGAGAAGGUGGCCAAGACCAAGGGCCUGGAGGAAACGGUGCAGCAGCAGGAGAAGGUGAUCGAGGCGAUGGAGCGGGUGCUGCAGGAGAAGCUCAGCAGGAGCACUGCGAAUUCAGGGGGCGCAGUCCUCUCCGGGGAGGUGUAUGCCGUGCUGCUGGCUGAGAACCGUCGGCUGCGGGAGGAGCUGGCCAGGCCCCCCCAACCCUCGCCCCCUGUCGCCCCACGGCCCCAAGCCUUGCCGGGUGUUUUUGGGGGUGCGGAGAAGCUGGCACUGCUGGCCAGGCUGGAGGAGGCACAAGCCCGCGGGCGGGUGCUGGAGAGGCAGCCAGCCUGGUUUGGGUCUGUCCCAGCUGGCAGAGGCAGCGAGGAGCUGGGGCCGGGAGAAGCAGGAGCUGGGCACGCGGCUGUUGGAGCGGGAGCACGGCUUCCCCCACGCCCCCGCCAUGACUGCCAUGGCCCCCCAGAGAAGACCCCAGACCCUACCCCCCUUGCCCUGACCCCCACCAAGCAAGAGGGACAGAGAAACCUGCUGCUGCCAAAAGGACCUGGUGCUUUUUUUCGCGAGAUGAAAUUACAGAGUAAAUCAGAGGCGAAGCAAAAACGUUAGAGGGCAUCGAGGGAGCGUCACCGUGGUCCCUGGUGUCACCCUUUGGGGGUGACCUGGGGACCCCCAAACAGCUGGAGGGGUACAGCAGCACCCACCCCGCAUCCCCUUGGUGAGGCUCCGGUUUAUCUCCCUCGUGGUGUAAGCACAGCCUUAAGCGGGCUGGAGCGAAGGCCAGGAUGUGCCAAGCCAAGGCUGUGGCCGUGAAAGCAUCCCAGCUGUCCCCAAAAUCACCCCCUGGGGCUGUGAGGAGCCGAAAGCGCCUGCCGGGCUGUUGGGGUGUCCCCCAAAGCGAAAGCAGCUGGGGGUCGCCCCGGAUUGGGCCUCUCACGCCUGGGACUCGAGCGGCCGUAAGGUCAGGUAGAUGGGUUUGUCCGGGAUCAGGAUGAGAUCAAACUUAGUCCCGACUUCCACCGCUCGCAUAGUUUCGAUCUUGAAGUUCUCCAGGAUCUGGGAUGGAGGAGGAAAGAAAAAAAAAAGCAGAUGGAAAACUCUGGAGGUACCAACACCCGUGUGCCACCUCCCCAGGGGCACGGCGUCCCCGGCGUGCCCGCAGCGGGAUGCUCACGUGCAUGAGGAAGAGCUGCAUCUCCAGCUCGGCGAUGCGGCGGCCCAGGCACUGCCGGGGGCCGAACCCGAAGCUCAGCCCCUGGAAGUGCUUGGGGCCGGCUGCCAGCCAGCGCUGCGGGCUGAACUGCUCCGGCUUGGGGAAGACCUCAGCGUCCCGGCCCAUGGCGUAGAGACCCACCUGCACCAGCGUCUGCAGGGACGGGUCAUCGAGUCAGAGAAUCAUAGAAACAUUUUGAUUGUUGAGUCCAAACAUAACAAUUCUAGCACUAAACCACCUCCCUAAGAA